AUGUCCCUUGCAGCUGCUCUGUGGCUGGCGUCCCCUGCGGAAAGUCCGCUCCAGGGCUUCGUGCCUCCCUGGGUGGGGAGGGGCCGUCCUCACGCGCCCCUGCUCACCUGCCUGCCUUCUCGUUCCCGCCUCUGCCCAGGACUGAAGAGGGUCACGGGCGGGUUCAACUCCAAGAACAAGUGUGACGCCAGGACGUACUGCUACAUGCUGCCCACGUUUGCCUUUGCCCACAAGGACCGGGACGUGCAGGACGAGACCUACCGCCUGAGCCCCGAGACGCUGCAGCAGGUCAACAGGCUCCUGGCCUGCUACAAGGGCACCCACAACUUCCACAACUUCACCUCGCAGAAGGGGCCGCGGGAGCCCAGCGCGCGGCGCUACAUCCUGGAGAUGCUCUGCGAGGAGCCCUUCGUGCGGGAGGGCCUGGAGUUCGCCGUGAUCAAGGUGAAGGGCCAGAGCUUCAUGACGCACCAGAUCCGGAAGAUGGUCGGCCUGGUGGUGGCCAUCGUGAAGGGCUACGCGCCCGAGAGCGUGCUGGAGCGCAGCUGGGGCGAGGAGAAGGUGGACGUGCCCAAGGCGCCGGGGCUGGGGCUGGUGCUGGAGAGGGUGCACUUCGAGAAGUACAACCAGCGCUUUGGCAACGACGGGCUGCACGAGCCCCUGGACUGGGCGCAGGAGGAGGGCAAGGUCGCGGCCUUCAAGGAGGAGCACAUCUACCCCACCAUCGUCAGCACCGAGCGGGACGAGCGCUCCAUGGCCCAGUGGCUCAGCACGCUGCCCGUCCACGACUUCAGCGCCACUGCCCUGGCGGCAGCUGGCACAGGUGCCAAGGUCUCCAGCCCCCAGGAGGGCAGCGGAGGGGAUGGGGACACCGACUGAGGCCGUGGGAGCUGCCCGCCGCAGCGCCUCGCAGCCGGCCAGGACGUGCGCGCAGCAGCUGCCGGGUCACUGCAGCCGAGAGUCUCACUGUGGCCCAGCGCCAGGAGUGCCUGGGCGGGUCAGCCGGGCCUGGCUUCAUAACCUCAGGGUCUCGACACCCAGAACCUUCUGAAUUUUCAUCACAGGAAUAACCUGCUUCAAAUCUAUUUUCAGCUCAUGGGUUACAUACGUACACCUCAGCA